CUUCAACCGCAGUCGAUCCGCAUGAUCUCAGCCUCCACCCAAUGCACAUCACAAGCCUCGAUAUCUCAUCUCACGCACUUGCAUCCGCGAUCGAAGACACCUCCCCCGCUGCCACAAAUGCAACCUACACUCGACGGGAACUACUCGAAGUAAGCGGCGGGCUCAAGAUCUUCAACCCAGCUUCUGUUAAUGCAGAAUGUAUUAUUGCAACGGAGGUGUGUGUCUAUUCUGUGCUGUCAUCUAUUUUAUAUAAUACCUCCAUCUCAAGUGUCGAACACCUCCCAGAAGUAAUUCUCGCUGACUUCGUCCCCACGAUCUUGGGCAUUUACCACCCUCGCUUGCUUCUCGUGAAAACCCCCUUCAUAGAACAUCAACACGUGUUUCAACCCUCCUGGCUUGACGAACACUGCCAUUGGCUUCCCCGAUCCUAGGAAUCGUACAUACAGGGUGUUCAGGCAUCACAAUCACAAAUUCAAAUGGACGGUCGAGGAGUUUCAGGAGUACUGCGCUGGCAUCGCGCAGGAAUGUGAAUACGACGGCUAUUGGUCGUGCACAAGAGAAAUAUGAGUGGGGCUGGGAUGAAGAGCUAGAGGGUGCGACCCAGGCUGCUGUCUUGAAGGCGAGGCUUUGAUCUCCAAAGAAGCAAGGGCCAGAGAAGGGGAUACUGGCGGGUGCUGCUAGUUGGAGGCAGGCUAGAAAGAAGAAGGGGACAUCAGAGUGGGCUUCGGACGAACCGACGGAUGAUUUGUUUGAAGAAGUCCUGCAGUCGGAAGGAUAUCGUACUGAUGAUGAUCCGGGAUUCGACUGGGGAAGUGGUCUGUAUCAUUCAGACUCUGGCGUUGGUCUUUUGUAGAUAAC